GGAAUUGCCGACAGGCUGAAACAAGCAUUCAAUGAAACGCUUCAAAACAACACCUGGAUCGACAAUACGACGCGAGAAGCUUUACAGAAAAAGUUGACAGGAGUGACAAUGAGAAUAGGAUACGAGGACACGCUACUAAACCGGUCAGCACUCUACCAAUACGUACGACCCUUUGCUUUGAAUAUUUCUUUCACAGAAGCCUUGUACUACAUUCGACAAGGCUUCAACAAAAUGGAAUUGACUAAGUAUCGCUCUCCAGAGGAGGGACAAUUAACGUGGGAGCACAGUCCAAGAGAGGCUCGCACGUAUCACGUCAGCCUUGCGGACGUCAUUGAAAUUCCCUACGCACUCUUCUCAUCUCCCUUUUUUCAGCAAGGACUUCCACGUUCAUUCAACUAUGGUGGCAUGGGUACUACAAUUGCUCACGAGUUGGCGCACAGCUUGGCCUACGCAGGUAAAAUCAUUAUAUCUUUGAAACUUGACGACAAUUACAACAAAAGUACGAGUGGUGGAGCAGACACAAAUGGUCGUUGUAAGUCAAAACAACCUUGCGUCCAAUGGAGCAGAACCUUGAACGAAGACCUUGCUGACAACACUGGCCUCCAGACAGCUUUCAAUGCAUAUGCCAAAGUACUUGAAGAAGAAUGUGGAGGGCAAGACACUCGUCUAACAGGCCUAGAAGAAUACAGCGGAACGCAGCUGUUCUUCAUUUCGCGUGCUAUGACUUUGUGCAAAACAGCAGACAAGUAUUCCCUCAUCGAAGAGAUAAGAAGGGUAAUAUUCAGCUCUGCGCAAAACAGGGUGAACGUGCCCUUAAAAAAUUUGGACGAAUUUGGUAAGGCGUUCAACUGUUCACUUGGCUCCCCAAUGCACCCGUACAAAAAUGAAACCUGCUCUUUAUGGUGAAAGAGAAUCGCACAACAACAGCAUGAAUAAACCCGGGUCUUAAGAGCGCAAAACAUAGACGGGAGACGAGACAAGAAGACGACACCACAAGCGCUAAUGAAUACACCGUUUUGUAAAGUUAAAUAAAUAAACACUAUGAA